AAUAUUAUCUCAGUUUCAACCAAGGACUUCAAUAUAUGUAUCAAUUUUUGCUGUUCUGGAUUUGCGUUAUCAGUUAAACAAUGAAUCACGGCUGCUUAUAUACACCAACAUCACCAGUGGGUCUUAGUUUAAAUACCAAGUGUGCAUGUUACAGAGAAAAUUGAAAUACUGGAUAUUUUAUAGCAGUAGUGUAUGAUAGGUAACAUUGUGAUCAAUAAAUUCUUGGAUGAUCAGUUACCAUGGGAAUAUUUCAUUAGAAUUUUAUUUUUAAAUAUAAAUCCAAAAUUUCAUCAGGAAGUUUAAGCAGACAUAGAUCACGAGAUGGAUACAGGAAGAAGACAAUUGAACUUCAAGACAAAGUCAGCCUACACUGUGAACUGUGGAUAUGGGUUGGUCACUCUCAUGAUAGUGGCGUUCAUCUGCACCUUUCUGAUCGGGAUUAUUGCAAAGAAACGUUACCACGUAACCAGCACAGUUGACAACAGCCUUCUCGUGAAUGUUGUCGAGACAGGCCUCUACAUUGCUGCCGAUUUUUGGUUGGUGGAUGCCAGUUACUUCCUCACGGUGCUGUGGGACUCUGACAGAAAACAUGUCACACAUACCUUUGGACGCUGCUCACGCAUAUGGAACUACUUUAAACAAACAUACCUGGCUAUUUCAACAACAUGGGAGUCAAUAGCAGUGCUGUCAGCCCCGGUCAUGGUGUUCGAGCGCUCGCUGGCCAUCUUUAUGGGGUUGCUGGCCUGCUGGGCCGCUGCACAGAUCAGCAAGUGCUUCAUGCUCAAACUACAGCAGGAGCAGGAGGGGAAUCAGUAGCAUUAGCACAUGUCCGCAAGUGCUUCAUGUUCAUAGUUUAACAGUGCAGGAGGGAAACCGGCAGGGCUAGCACAGGUCAGCAACUGCUUCAUGUUCAUACUUCAGCAGGCAAGAAACCAGCAGUGCUAGCACAGGUCAGCAACUGCUUCAUGUUCAUACUUCAGCAGGCGGGAAACCAGCAGUGCUAGCACAGGUCAGCAAGUUCUUUAUGUUCAUACUUCAGCAGGCGGGGAACCAGCGGUGCUAGCACAGGUCCCCCAAGUGCUUCAUGUUCAUAUUUCAGCAAGAGCAGGAAGGGAACCGGCAGUGCUAGCACAGGUUACAAAGUGCUUCAUAUUCAUACUUAAGAAAGCACAGAAGGGGAACUGGCAGUGUUACCACAGGUCACAAAGUGCUUCAUAUUCAUGCUUAAGCAAGCACAGGAGGGGAACCAGCUGUGCUAGCACAGGUCAGCAACUGCUUUUAUUUCAUACUUUAACAAGAGCAGGAGUGGAACCAGCAGUGCAGCACAGGUCAGCAGGUGCUUCGUGCUCAAACUCCAGCAGUGAAAAUUAAAAAGCAAAUGCACAACAACAACUUCACUACAGCUUGGCAAAUCAAGGGAAUGACAACAAACUUUUUACCCUAUCUCAGAUGCAGACAACAUGGAGAUUUCAUGACAAUAUCCCUUCACUGUUUUAUUUAUGGGUAUAUCUAUAUGUUCAGCAUUUAUGAGAUGUUUCAAGUUUUAAGUCAGACUUAUUGAUGAACACAAUUAAAACAGCAGACAUCAGUACUGUGAUACCAAGUAUUGUAAUUUUCUGGCUAAAAUUAUGUAUAAAAGCAAAGACUUUUUAAGUUGGUUUGUACUAACUUAAUUUAGCUUGAUUGUGCCGAGAGCUAGUUGACAAUCACUCUUGAGUCCAUUUCCUGGAAGGAAACCAGUACCGUGUCCUUUGAGAGGGAUCAUGAGAAAGUGCCCCCUGGUGGAGCUCAUAGCAUUAUAGGUGAGAGGCAGACACAUAUAACAAUUGACCACUCUCACCCUUACUAUUUCAUGUUGGUUUUUAUUCUUGAUUUUCUUGGAGGUUUGCAUCACAUACAUGGCUAUCAAAUAAACUUCUCAAAACCUUA